AUGCUCCUUGGGAAUAGCUUUCACUUACUCCAGCCAGUCAUACAGACAGCUUCAUACUCCAUCACGUCUUUUGGCCAUGAUGCUCCAAGGGUCCGGGAACUGUUAAUCCAGAUAGCCCUUUCGGACUUUUCACCUUCAUCUACAGCAGUUCUGAAAUCUGCUCUAGCACUCGCAUCCUUCCAUCGCGCCAACCCACCCCAAACAACCGCCCAGUAUAAAGUAGCCGCUCUGCGAAAACUAGCAGGGUCAACACAAGGUCGCAUCAGUGUUACCGAUUCAGCCUGCCACAUAGCAGCUGGCAUGAUACUGAGCACGCUAGAGAUACAGCAAAACUCCAUGAAGUCAAGCCAUUGGCUAUGGUAUGCUUGUGGCGCUGCCAAGAUCGUCAAGACAGCUGGGCUAGAUGUGGAUAACCUCGACCACGAUACAGCUGCUCUUGUGGGCUGGGUACACUAUUAUAAUACUUUAUCUAGGUUCAGCCUGCGCCACUGGCAGCCACAUAUCACGCUUGAUCCCGAUGACGCUGCUGAUUCGUUUCAUCCAGUUGUAUGCGGUAACGGACAGCCCGAGAGUCUUACAGGAGCGCCGCAUGAGAUAUUAUACCUUCUGUCAGAAGCUUUCAACGCCGUGACAGUGCCUUCCGACCCGCGUUAUGAAACUAAGGCUCAUAGAAGCCAUCUCGAAAUACUAGAUUGGAAGCUGCGCAACCUUGAGAAGAAGGUGCCGGACAACAACGCUUCUGCUGAUACAACACAUCCAGGAUUUGAUCUGGUGGUCGAGCUGUACCGUUUAUCUACUCUGAUCUAUCUCAGGCGAGCUUCCGCAGGAAUUCUCCAACUAGAUCAAAAGUUCACAACGUGGGUCGGACAGGCAUUUGAAUUGCUUGAACAACUACCUGCCUGUCAAUGGCCAUUCCCUUUGCUUGUCUUUGGCUGCGAGGCAGAAAGCGAUAGGCAAAGGACGAUCAUUCUGGAAGUUAUGGAGAGGACGACUGAAAACAUGCAGUAUAGAAACAUUGCGACUGUUAAAAGGGUUGUUGAAACGGUCUGGGUGCAAAAGGACUUGUAUACGGAAGAUAUGAAUUAUGUUCGGAAGUUGGGUGUUAUUCUGAGCUCGACUCAUAAGUCGGUACCAGCGUUUAUAUAA